AUGUCCACGCCACACAAUUACACCACUGUGGUCCAACAACAACAACACCCACCACCACGCCGUCGCCGCCGCCGCCACCGUUCAACACGGCGGCGGCGUCACCACCCACAACACACUUUCUUCACAACCGAACCACCACUACCACCACCCACCAACGGAAGUAGUAGCUUCGGAGUAUCGGAUUCCGAUGACCGGAUAGAUUCAGAAUGUGGGUCCUCCGGGAUCUUUUCAUAUAACCAUAGCAGCAGCCGGCGAAUGGAAUCUUCAUCUUCUGAUGGUGAUGGUGAUGAUGAUGAUUAUGAUGAUGAGAUUGAUUUGGAAAGUGGUGAGCUGGAAAUGAAAGUGCAUUUUUCUGGAAGGAAAAAGGAGAAGAAAAUUUGUAGAAUUUGUCAUUUGAAUUUUGACGGUGGGUUGACGGUGGAUAGUGACGGUGACGACGACGGUGGUGGUGGUGGUGGUGAUGAUGGUGGUGGGGAGAUUGAGCUGGGGUGUAAUUGUAAAGGGGAUCUUGGAACUUCUCAUAAACAAUGUGCUGAAACUUGGUUUAAAAUCAAGGGCAAUUUGAUCUGUGAGAUUUGUGGUGCGACAGCACAAAAUGUUGGUGCAGAUCAGAUAAGUGAGGCGAACAACAUGACCAUUGAAAUUGAGCCAGCCGAUCGAUCAGCCACAGCACCCAUGGUGGUUCCUGCUGAGCAACGGACUUUCUGGCAGGGUCGCAGAGUAAUGAAUAUCCUGCUAGGUUGCAUGGUUUUUGCAUUCAUCAUUUCUUGGCUCUUUCACUUUAAUGUAUUGCCUUAAUUAAGGUUAUUUGAGGAAAAGGAGUGUUGAGAGGCUAUAGAUGUUUCUUUGUGUUUGUAAUUGGAUGUUGGAUCACAGAAAUGUAAAUGCUUGCAAGUCCAGAAGUAUAUUUUCAACCA